AAAAACGGCAUUUUCCAACUUAAAUAGCCCAUAGCUCCGCCCACUAGCUGGGACCAAUUUGACAGGGGGAAUUAAGAAAACAGUUAUUUUGCAAAUUACACCAUAAAUAACCAUCACAUGUCUAAAAAGUAUUCACAUAGUACUUUUGCAUGUGUAGAGCAGUCAUUUUUGUACACAGUAUAUUCAGGCUUUAGACAACACAACUUUCAAAUGUCCAGUGUCCUUCUGUAAUACCCAGCUUUUGAUAAUCAUGGUUUGACCCAAAUUUGGCCUAAUUAGUGAAUGCAGGUGUGUUCACCUAUAUAAAGCCCUCAACCCCACCCUGACUCUUUUAGUCAACUGUUCAGAGCCAUGAGCCGGAGGCAGACGAGGCUGAAGAAAGGACCAUGAGGUGGUGAGAACAAGAGGCAGGACAAAAGAAGUCAUCACCCGGAAGUGGACUAUACGUCGUUACCACCAUGUUCUCACCUCUCGUCCUUCUCUUGAUCCUCCCCCUGUCCACGACCACCACCACCUCCUCGUCUUCCCCUCCUCCUCUCCUGUCGUUUUCUCCACCAGAAGGGGGUCUCACGCAUUUGGUGGUCAAUAACAAAUCCGGCGAGGUCUACCUGGGCGCCGUCAACUGGAUCUAUAAACUGUCCGGCAACCUGACCAAACUCCGAAGCCACGUGACCGGCCCUGUGACCGACAACCCUCGCUGCUACCCCCCGCCCGGCGUCCAGUCGUGUCCCUACGAGCUGGUGCAGACCCCCAAUACCAACAAACUGCUGCUGCUCGAUGACGCCCACAACCGCUUGAUCGCGUGCGGGAGUACCUCCCAGGGAAUUUGCCAGUUCCUUCGACUGGACGAUCUGUUCAAGCUGGGCGAGCCCCAUCACCGCAAGGAGCACUACCUAUCCAGCGUUGCCGAGGCCAGCACCAUGUCCGGGGUGGUCAUCUCUCCAGACGUCUUCGGCGCAGGCGGGAAACUCUUUGUCGGCACGCCCAUCGACGGGAAGUCGGAGUACUUUCCGACUCUGUCCAGCCGCAAGUUGAUGUCCAACGAGGAGAACGCGGACAUGUUCAGCUUCGUCUACCAGGACGAGUUCGUCUCCUCGCAGCUGAAGAUCCCGUCAGACACCCUCUCCAAGUUCCCGGCGUUUGACAUCUACUACAUCUACGGCUUCAGCAGUGAGCAGUUUGUCUACUACCUCACGUUGCAGCUGGACACCCAGCUCACUUCCCCCGACGCGGGCAGCGAGCAGUUCUUCACCUCAAAGAUCGUGCGGCUCUGCGUGGACGACCCCAAGUUCUACUCCUACAUCGAGUUCCCCAUCGGCUGCACCAAAGACGGAGUGGAGUAUCGCUUGAUCCAGGAUGCUUACUUGACCCGACCGGGCUCCCGUUUGGCUCAGUCGCUUGGUAUUUCGCAGCGCGAUGAGGUUCUCUUCGCCGUGUUCGCCCAGGGCCAGAAGAACAGAGCCAAGCCACCCAAGGAGACGGCUUUGUGUCUGUUCACAAUGAAGCAGAUCAAGGAGAAGAUUAAAGAAAGGAUUCAGUCGUGCUACAGCGGAGUCGGGAUACUCUCCUUACCCUGGCUGCUCAACAAGGAACUGUCCUGCAUCAACUCGAUGAGCAUUAUGGGUGCCCUGUACCCUCAUGAAUUAUUCAAGCGGUCUCACCUCCUGUUAUUCAGUCGAUGCUCUGUAACAGCCCGCCAUAAAUCUCCCGCCUCUCCCCCCACUUUCUCUUUAGCGUCUUCCAAGUCCGGCCGCGUCAUUUGCAUGACCGUUUCUCCCCUCGCCCUCCCGCUUCUUCGUCCCCUGACCUCCUCCUUCUUGAAGAUGGUUCAACUUUAA